ACGGAUGGUUGGGGGACGGGCUGGUGACGGCGGUCGGGCUCUCCGGUUACAUCCCUGUGCCGCGCCGGCGCUCCGACCCGUCUCCUGUAAUCCAGCGCGGCAGCAGGGUUUAAUUAAUUAAUAGGGGUUGGAGGCAUGGGGAGCUGGUGGAAGGCGAUGCCGGGGGACGGAGAGCGGAGCAGCGGGAUCCCAUCUACCCCCCCGGCAUUUGGCCGAGGAUUUGGGGAGACUGGGGAUGCUGGGGUGCAGAGCAGGGGCGUUUUCCGGACCAGCGGGAGGAAACGGCACAUGGGAUAGAGGGAAAACCAGGGAGAUCUCCACCAUUAAAUGUUUACCCCAACUGGGGAGACGAUGCUUCUGUGUCAGAGGAAACUUGUAGCAAGACAGCUACAAGUUAAUGUGGCCCUGGCGAGGAGGAAGAGGAGGCAGAGGUGCUUCUGCUCUCAGCUGGAGCUUCGCAGAGCCCUCCCCUCGCGCCGCACGCUUGCUCCGCGCUGCCCCAUAAAUUAUUUAAGUGCUUUUGCUUUCCCGUAUGAAAUAUUCAGCCCGCUGCCGAGGGAGCUGGGGAGGGCUUGGGGACGGGGGGGGACGAGCACAUGGAGCCGCUGGUGCGUACCCGGUCAGGGGAGAGGGAUCUUUGGGAAAGGUAGAAAUAACCCUGGGAUGGCGUCGCUGCUGGAUUUGGCCCCUCUGCCAUAAAUGAGCUGCCAGCCGGCGCUCACGCGGCGGCUCUGCCACGGCACGUGCCGGUGCCACCGGCCCCAGGUGCUGGCAGGAUGACAAGGUCUCGUGUUCUGCUCCCCCCCCCGCACCCCAGACAGGAGCUUUAAUUGAUGCUUUUUAACGAGAGGGCCGGACUCUGCUCUCGCUUGCGCCCGCUAUGGUGUAGGAGAUGUUUCGUGGGGGUCCCCCUUGGAUGGGGGCUGAGGUUGCAGCCGGGUGUUGGAUGAGAUGCUCGUGGGUGCCGGCCCGGCAGGGGAGAACACCAAACCUGCCGGCGGAGGUGCCGGCAGGGCUGCCUGUCCUCUGCCAGUGCUGGAUUUGGCCCUCGGCUCCCCUGCCCUGCGACAGCGCGGCUGGGAUGCUGCUGUGCCCCGGCGCUGGCACGUGUCCGUCCCCAGGGCAGGGACUUUAGCUGCGUCACCGCAUCCCCGCCUCGUGUGGGACAUCUGGAUGUCCCAGCCUUCAACCGAGCCCUCACACCACCGCUCAGGGCUGCAAACCCCACCCCGAAACCUGCAAAAUGGGUGGCGAACCCCUCGAAAAAGGGCUGUGACUGUCCCCAAAGCCACCGUUGGGACCACAACCCCGCCGUGCUCUUCCGGAGCAGGGAGGGACUCGGUGAAAGCAACGCCCGACUGCUUUUUUUCGGUAGAUGAAGCUGUUUUUUGAGGGCGUUUUCAUUAAAAAGAAGAAGGAGGUGGAGGGGGGGGGAAGCAAGCCCUGAGCAGGGCUGGAAACUUCAGCGACAGGAAGGAAAUGGGGUGGUUUAUUUCGGUCUCGAGUUUGCUCGUCGGGGCAAGGCUUGCCUCUUCCGUGUGCCGAUAGCAGCCCCUCCAUGAACAAUGGGGUCGCGGGGCCCUUCCCAGCAGGAAAACGGCUCGUUCCAGUGAAAUCUCCCAGUUGGUGCUGAGUCAGCAGGUCCUGGUGGGACAGAGCGUGGUGCGGAGGGUGCCGGGUUAACCGGCCCGGUGCUGAGCGGGAGCGAACGUACCGGGAGAGAUGGACACCUUCAGCACCAAGAACCUGGCCCUGCAGGCCCAGAAGAAGCUCUUGAGCAAGAUGGCUACCAAGACCAUAGCCAACGUCUUCAUUGAUGACACCAGCAGCGAGAUCUUGGAUGAGCUCUACCGGGCCACCAAGGAGUACACCCACAACCGCAAAGAGGCCCAGAAGAUCAUCAAAAAUCUCAUCAAGAUAGUUAUGAAGUUGGGCGUGCUCUACCGCAACGGGCAGUUCAACCCUGAGGAGCUGGUGGUGAUGGAGCGUUUUCGCAAGAAGGUGCAUACCUUGGCCAUGACAGCUGUCAGCUUCCACCAGAUAGACUUCACCUUUGACCGCAGGGUCAUGUCGGGUGUGCUGACGGAGUGCCGGGACCUGCUGCACGAGGCUGUCAACGGCCACCUGACGGCCAAAUCCCACUCCCGCAUCAACCACGUCUUCAAUCACUUUGCGGACUAUGAGUUCCUCUCGGCUCUCUAUGGGCCGUCCGAGCCCUACCGCACCCACCUGAAGAGGAUCUGCGAAGGGGUUAACAAGAUGCUGGAAGAGGACAACAUAUGAAGUUGGCCAAGAUGGGCCAUUGGCAGCGAUUGCCAGACUCUGCCUCCUGUGAGACCGAAGACGGGACGUAUGUCUGUUUUGACCAUCACCAGGCUUGACGUCCUCUCCUCUGUAGCGCUAACUCAUUUUUUCCUCAUUUCUACAAAAGACUGAACCUCUUGACUUUGUCUAACCCUUGCCCAGGGUCUGCAAACCCCUCCCUGUGCUCGGCUGAGUCCUUUCCAGGUGAUCCUGGGCUUCUGGGCUCCUGCUGUAUAGUUUGAUUUCCUUUGCCCACCAAGUGCUCUUAGCUCAGAGUCCAAGGAACUGGACUUCUCACCUUGAACUCUAUCAUAACCCUCCUCGGGGAAAACCAAACCAAAGACUCGCGGUGCCUAACACCUCUAAGGUGUCUCUGAGCGAGCGGGCAGUUGCUUGGAUGAACGGUUGUGAGACCUUAUUACCGGAGGGUUGUGGAGCCCCAUGGUUGUCUUUCAGCAGCUCCAUGACGUGGUGGGAGCAAAUCAUGGUCCAGACUUGUGCUGCCCAGGGUGAGAAGGUGCUUCUGCACCUUGCAGGCUAGGUUUUGGCCUCCUAUAAGACAAGAAGGAGACCUUCUGGUCUCCUUGAGACCAGAAGGAUCCCACCUCGCCUGGGCGAGUGGCUGUCCCUCGGGGCAGGGAGGGAGCUGGAGGGACCUGCUCCGUCCCUGCGUCCCAGGUACACCCCUUCAUCCAAGACCCAACUCCCCCCGCCAGCCCCCCGCGACGGUACCACUGUGAUGGCUCUGACACCUUCCUCGGUGGUUGUCCAAAGCUCUCCCUAGGAUUUCAUACGUUUUACGUGUCCUCGACUGAGUUCUGGUUGUUAUUUUUUAGCAAACUCUGUAGCCCUGAUGAGUUAUUUAAAUAAACUCACCUGUUUGGCCUGGGUGCUCCA